AUGGGCCAUCCUCAUGUUGUCGACUUUCAGGCAAUCGCGGUCAUCGUCAGCCAACUUAGUCCGCCAGCGGAAGAUAACAUACUGUGGCAGUUGGGCGGGGAGCUCACCCUUGUCGCGUUGGGCCGCUUUACUUCCAUGUGGUCUCCACUCAAUCAGUUCUCUCGGUGUCUAGAAAUCGGUUCUGGCUGGUUCCACUUGCAGUUUCAUCUCCGAUUUUGCUCUGUCACACCAAGCCCUAACUAUAGCAAGUCGUCAAAACUAGACGGUCUCCGGCUUGAUCGUGAUGGCGGCAAACUAGAGGCUCUACUGGGUAGUUUACAGACGACUAUAGCUGAAAGGAGACACUGCAUUAUCGUUCAUAUAUCAACACACUCGCGUUUGCCCGUAUAUAUAAUCCUUAUUCUUUCAGAUAAGCCGGUGCGAGAUAUUGCGGCGGGUUUCUUGGUGCCUGCAAUGCGAAAGCAAGGGAUAUUCGCCGGGAUCGCGGUUUUCCAACAUGUUCUUCAUCAGAUCCUGCUUGAAUGGCACGAGGAGUGGACCGCUGUUCUAGAUCGCUUCAUUAACAGUUCCAAUGGGAUUGAGAUAAGCACUGUCCUGAGUCCAAAUAACCGCGAAAGAUUGAUGUUUGACACGUCCUUGAGCCAGAAUUACCAUUACUUUAUGAUCAUACAAUUGCUGCAAAUCUUCUCCAGCUGGAUGAAGGAAGCGGAGGAAAGCUCAUCCGGCACUCCUAACUAUGACUUCUGCUCACGAAGCCUCAAAAGGCUCCACGCUCAAUCGACCCUUUUUGAAAUGCAUCUCUUUGACAGCGACGAAUUGCAGAAAACGCAGACCUCGUUCUUCAUCUCUAUGGUCAUUAUUUCCUUUGUGAAGUAUGCAUUUUCAGGCUUUGGACUAUGGAUCGUGAAUUGGAGACAGAAACGGGAGGGCCAGGGUACAGUAGAAGAAGGUCGAAUGCUUGCAUUUGGACUGCUGCCUGAAGGGGAGAACCUGCGAAGCAGAGAAAUCUCGUCGCCAAGAACAGUCCAAAAUGGUUUGAGGAAGUAUUCUGCAAACUUGCAACGUCAGCUGGACCAGAUAUAUGGGACGCGGAAUUCUCAUAUAUAG